CCACAACGCGCCUGCCAAGUGGUUGACAACUCACUGUGCACGCAACCGAUCACCUAGGGGUUCUGCGACUCGGGAACCAGAAACCAAGCCACAGAUUGAUUCUGAGAACCAAGCCAUUUAACGCAAGCGCAGCUGCCAACUUCCGCCCCAGCGAACAAUGCCGUUCUCGAAGGGUACCAAGCGCGGUGCCCCGCGCGACUCGCGUAGCGACUCCGAGGACGGGGUCGUCGCCAAACCCACCAAGAAGAGCAAGAUGUCCAACGCUGAAGGCAGCUCGAGCGGUGUCGACAAGGAGGGUAAUCCCUACUGGGACCUCUCCAACAAGCGCCGCGUCGGCGUCUCGCAGUUCAAGAACAACACUUUUAUCAACAUCCGCGAGUUUUACGAAAAGGAUGGUGACAUGCUGCCUGGCAAGAAAGGCAUCUCCCUCAACAUAGCCCAGUACGAGGCCCUGGUCAAGGCCAUUCCAGCUAUCAGCGAGAAGCUCCGCGCCAUGGGCCACGAUGUCGAGGAUGUCGAGGAGGAUGGCGGCGCGCCCACCGCAGUCGAGUCUCAGGAGAAGCCAACCAAGGAGAAGCCAAAGGUCAAGAAGUCCAACAUUGAGGCUACCAGUGACGAGGGGUCGGAGUAGGCUCCGAGCUUGGGUGGCGAGAUGUGCACCUCCGCUGCUUCGAGUGCGACUAUGAGUUCGAGCUUGGGGCCCGAUUCCACUUGAAGAAACUCGGGGUAUGGUUAAGUUUCUUUCUUUUUUUUUUUUUUUCCAAGAAAAGUUUCCACGUAAUUAGUUGCUGCUUUCUCCUGGCCACGAUCAACAGGAUGGAUGUAUGAUGGGAGACGACGGGAUACCAAUUCGGCGCGUAUGACAGAGCGCGAUAGCUAACUGGCUCGAAUUCGAAUUGAAAUUUUUCUACCAAGCUUUGUGAUUUGCCUUGUGAGGUUAUGAGGGGUUGGC